AUGGCAGCAAAGCACUCUAUCAAACUGAAAGACCAAUUACAAGCUAUACUGGCUCUUGCCGCGGGCCUCCAUAACCAACUCACCCAAAAUGACGUUCCCGGUACUACAGCUCUCAACCAAGAGACCCUGGAGUUGCUCGAGAAGACCUUGCGUCGGCUUCCCCUCGUUGCAGACUCUAUUUCCCCGUCUACUCGCCGGCAACUAGAUAACGAAGGAACAAAGCUAUGGAACAUUCGCCUACUGCAAUUGCGAACUACCGAUGAGAAUAAUGAUGCCGUACUACUAUGCAAAGUGAGAGCUCUCGCCUACUCAAUGCUAGAUGCCGCCGCACCGACGACAGGUCCGGGUAACUAUCGAAGUCUUGAACUUUCGUUCAAGGUUGUCAAGGCUUGCAUAGAGCACGAUCUUAUCAGUCUGGCACAGAAGAUGAUGGAAUCGGCCGCUGCCAGAUUAGAUCUGAUCGAGAGAUCUAAGCCCGAUACCGAGAUCGUCAAGUCUGAGAUCGUUGCCACUGAAUACUACAUGCUACGUGUAUAUCUGGCUUGGGCCCAGAAACGGCUACACAUUGCAGACCACAUGUUUACGAAGAUCCCAGAGUCCAAAUCGACGGAGCAACAGAGGGUCAUCGUGGAUAUAUGCUAUACGAUUGGGGAGUCGGCGCUCAAGGCUGGUCAGUUUGACAAGGCAUCGACGUGGCUGGCCAGGGCCCUGAAGGUAUGCGAGAUGUGGCCGAGCGAUAUAAGCCAGGAUGUUGCGCUGGGGCUGAAGGACAAGAGGCUGUUGGUCUUGCAUGCUUAUGCACGGUCCAACCUUCAUCUUACUACCGCAGCCUCCCAGAAUGAGCUUCGCAGAGCCCUGGACCUGUUGAGAACUGAGUACGGCGAUUCCUUCCCUGUCCUGGUGUUCUCCCUCGAGGUCCUCAACAAGGAUGCACCGAACGAAGAAUAUUUCGAAACACUCAAGUACUCAAUCAAGGAAAUGGGUGACGACGAUGCAGGAGUCAAGAUGCGAGUACCCCUUCCGCAACUUUUCGUUGAAGCCUGUGGGCAACUACUGAGCAAGCUCGCGGCUCUUGAUCUGAGUACCAAAGAGCAAUGGAUGGAGAAGAUCUUCGUCUCAGUCAUCUGGACAUUGACGGGCACCGGCCCCAGUGAGGAUAAAUGCCCGAGGCUAGCUGAAGCAGCAGCGCAGGUAUUGACGGAUUGUGGCUUGAGCAAGCCGAGCGAAGAUGCGACGCAGGCGUCUCUAAUCCUCAUCUGGAAGUAUAUUGACACAAUGCUAUCAAAAGGUUCAACCUCCACAGCAGAACAAUGGUGCCGUUUCCUUCUACAGCAACCUAUGUUCAAGCAGGCUCCAGACAUUGAAACCAAGUCCUUCCGAAAGCUCAUCCUCUGUGUCUUGGAGAAGUAUGACCCCUCUACCGCGCGCCAGGUAUUCGACGAAAUACCAGAUGACUGCAAAUCAUGCCCGCUCACGCUGUAUCUGAUGUACAGACUGGCUCUUCUCGCAGAUGAUGCAUCUCUCGCCAUUAUCUACAUUCAGUUACUCUGCAGACAAGGCGCAGAAGCCACGUACAUCUGGUCCUGCGUAGCGGAUGCGCUACAGCUAGGAAAGACAUGUAUAGCGCUGCAAAGCCUUGAGGGUGUCAUGGCAGCUCUGGAUGACAGCGGUUUUGGACGACUGCAGAUUCCCCAAUUGCUGCUCGACGUCAUAUGUGCUGUACGCGAGAACACAGCGAACCAUGAAGACUCGCUCGGGCCCGUAAGCUCUUUGCUAGAGUCAGCAUUGACCGCAGCCGACACCGGUCAAAGGGAGCCAUUUUCGUCCGAUGAGUUACGCUGGCUCGCUUGUAAAAGCUACGGUAUCGCGCUCGAAUUAUAUAAACUGUCACCACUGCCGAAUAUUGUCAAGUUGCUCAAUAUAUCCACCAAGUUCAUGGAGCUAGAUCAGAAGAACACAAAGAAAGAGCCAAAUACUGAUCUCCUAGAACACUAUCUAAAAUGCACUUUCCUCCGAUCUAUGAUUGUAGUUACAGAAGCUCGAAACGAAAAGAAAUCUACCAGAAAAGAACGGCAUUACAGAGAAGCCCGCGAAGCCAUCAAACAAUUUCAAAUCUAUAUCCAAUCUCUAGGCAUUGAUUCGAUCAUAAAGUCACACGAGCACACAUGGCUAGACAGAUACCGCAUUAUCCUAUCAUUCGACUUCGAAGCCGCUGUCCACCUUCAUCAAUGGGGUGACCUCACAACGAUAAUCGAGACUUCAAACCCCGUCGUAGGCGCCAAACUCAGCUCGGUCUUCCUCGACUGCCUUCUUCGUUCCGGGGCUCCUUCGUCAUACUUAUCAAAAGCCGUCAAGCAAAUAAUCCGAACAUUCCACUCCUCGCCCUCGCCAUUUCUCAGCACCAACUCCCCAAACUUCGCCGAGUACUUCCCCCGCCAUCUCCGCUGCCUCUUCUCCCUCUCACUACAAGCAGAAGAGUACAUUCUCGCCGAGUCCGUCCUCGACCAAGCCCUCAUGCUUGCUCGCCGCGAACCAGACUCGAAGUCUAACUCCAACUCCAUCACUUACCCGAAAGACGAGGUCCAAUGGCUUGCAACAACGGCAUUCAAUCGCGCAGUCGAGUUCUUCCUGAUCUCUGCGGAUGGAGACUGUCGGCGGUGGGCGGGGAAGGCGAUUGGGCUGGCGGAUUUGAUAGGCGAUGACCGUGGGGAGCUGGGUAGGCUUCUCAGGAAGAAUUUUGCGAAGCUUCAACCUAGUUCUAAGGGUGCUUGA